AUGCAGGAAGUUGGAGAUCCCUUUUUUCAGUACUACUUUGUUCUUCAUAUCAUACCUGAAUGGUACUUUUUAGCAUAUUAUGCGCUGUUAAAAGGAGACCCCUCCAAAACCGGUGGUUUGUUAGUACUUAUGUCCUCUCUCACUAACCUUGCUCUAUUAUCUGAAAUUCGAGCUUUGAAUACCCGAAUGUUGAUACAACAACAUUUUAUGACUCGAAAUGUACUCAGUGGAUGGGUAACUAUUGGGGUAUACAGUAUGAUCUUCUUGAUUAUUAUUGGUAGUACCAUUCCACAAGCGACUUGUAUCUUUUAUGGUAGAUUAGCCACUAUCGUAUAUCUUACUACCGGAUUAAUUCUAUGCUUAUACCAAAUCAACAGUUUUAGUGACUACAGCUUCCAAGCAAACAUGAUUACGAUAUUGUUGAAAUCCAACACUUUUAGCUGUCUUAAGCAAGUCGUCUUCAGUAUUCUAGGAACUAUAAUGUCUUUGUUUAUUCGAUUUAAGUUUAUACAGUUCCGAAUCGCGGAUCAUUUGUACAGAGACGAUGGCUACUUAUAA